AAUAAUUCAAGAAAAAGUGAGCACUUCACUCUUCAGUCCACACUUAGCUCAGUUGUACUGGUUUACUGUAACUCUGCUUCUUUAAGCCAAGAAUCUUUUUCUCAUGCUUUCCCCAUUUCCUCUUCUUUCUCUCUCCUAAAUCAGAGCUUUCUCCCUCUAGAAACAGAGCUUUUUCCCUUGAAAGUGAAAACCCAUGUCUCAAAUUCUUCACCAUUAAAAAAUAAAAACCCAUUUCUGUAAUCCCAUUAAAAAGCUUAAACCCUUGUUAAGAAAACUUAAAGUUCAUCUACUUCCGCCGCCACCCGCCUUCCGUCUAGUUUAGUAGACGGAUUUCAGCUCCACAACUGCCGCCACCCUGUUUAUACCUGGGUUUAUUGAAGGGAGCUUUCUCUCUUCACAAUGUAUCCAUCAAGUGAUGGCGGUCAACUGGGUGGCGUCAUACAGAAAAACAGGAAAUGUAGAGAUGUAGUGUUCCUUGUCAUCUUCGCAGCUUUCUUGGUGGCCAUGAUUGUAAACUCAAGUUUUGGGUUCAACAAAGGAAACCCAAAGAGGUUAGUUUAUGGAUUGGACUACGAGGGAAAUCUUUGUGGUGACAAGGAUGCCCAUCGAAAUCUCCGUGAAUUGGAACUCAGAUAUUGGGUAAAUCCUAACCAAGUGUAUGAAAGUGGAUUAAAGAACACUGUGUUCAAGCUGGCUGAUGCCAGGAGCAUUUGUUUGUUGGAUUGCCCUAUUCCAGCUGAAGAUUCCCUUAACUGGGUCUGUGAUUAUCCUGACGGGGAUAUACAUCUAACUCUAGAUGAAUGGAUUGAUAGGAACUAUGAUUAUUUCGAGUUCCUUACUCCAGAUAUGAGAAACAGUUCGCUUCAACUUCAAGGGCCUUGUUACCCUGUCAUAUACCCUAGUGUUAAUGUUUUCUGGAGCUGCCAGUUUAUAGCUCGUCCAUCGAACAUGUCUUUACGGCACUGGCAGCAGAUGGGAGGAGUAAACAUCAACGGGGGCCUUGAAAUCGACAAGUCAAUUCACAAGACAAUGAACUCUCGAUCUGCUGUAUUAAAGAGGUACAUGGCUGACAUUGGAAAAUCGUGGUUCGUACUCCUUGUUUGUGGUGGGAUCCUGCCACUUCUUUUGUCAGGGAUUUGGCUGCUACUGAUCCGUUAUGUUGUGUCUGGGAUGCCGUGGAUAACAGUCUCACUUUUUAACAUCCUCAUAAUAUCAGUUACUAUGCUAUUUUAUCUAAAAGCUGGAUGGAUUGGAAAUGAUGCUGUUACACCUAUUGUUGGCGAACAUGACCCAUAUGUUCAUGUAUAUGGAAGGGAGUUAACUCAUAUUCGGGCGGCUGCCAUUUUGAUGACUGCUAUUAUGGGAAUUGCUAUCGCUGCAACAAUUGCCAUAGUCAGACGCAUCGUUAUGGCAACAUCAGUCCUUAAGGUUGCUGCAAAGGUUAUAAGGGAAGUUCGAUUUCUUAUGAUCUUUCCAGUCAUUCCUUAUGCCAUACUUGGCAUCUUCUACAUGAUAUGGGUGUCUGCUGCAUUGCAUAUAUUCAGUUCUGGUGAGGUUCGACAGAAUAGCUGUGAAUCAAACUGUUGCGCUUACAACCUUGGGUCAGGGCGUGUCAGCUGUGAACGUUGUUGUGGUUACAGCAUUCAUUAUACUCCUCACAUAGGAAUCUCUAUCCUCUUUCACUUGUUUGGUGGUUAUUGGACAACACAUUUCUUCUUAGCAUGUUCAUCCACUGUCAUUGCGGGGUCUGUUGCUUCUUAUUAUUGGGCUCGUGGUGAUACACCGGCAAGAAUCCCAUUUCUACCUGUUUUUGCCUCAAUGAAAAGGCUAGUCCGAUACAGCCUGGGUUCUGUUGCCAUUGGCUCCCUGGUUCUAUCUUUUGUGGAGUCAAUCCGCUUCUUACUUGAGUCAAUUCGGCGCAAGCUUAAAGUAUCCUAUACUGCCCCAGAUAAUUGGUUUGGGAAAAUGGUCCACAAUUCUUCUAAAUUAUGCUUGAAGUGCGUUGAGUGGACCAUUAAAUCUGUGAAUCGUAAUGCCUAUAUAAUGAUUGCAAUAACAGGAAAAAGCUUCUUCAAGUCAUCGGCUAUUGCAACAGACUUGAUUAUGAACAACAUUCUAAGAAUAGGGAAGGUUAAUGUUGUCGGAGAUGUAAUUCUGUCUCUUGGAAAAUUAUGUGUUAGCUUGUCAAGCGCCUUGUUUGCAAUCCUCAUGUUGGAUACUUACGGUUACAAGUCUGCCCACAAGAAGAUUUCUUCUCCUCUCUUCCCAGUGCUGGCAUGUUGGGUCCUUGGUUAUGUUGUUGCCACAUUGUUCUUUGGGGUGGUGGAGAUGUCCAUCGAUAGUAUUAUUCUAUCAUUUUGUCAGGAUGCCGAGGAACACCAAGGAACUGCUCAGUAUGCAUCUCCCCUUCUCCUUGAGACUCUUACUGAACAAAACGAGACCCAAAGACUCACAAAUUGAAUCACGCUCAAGAAUUUUGAAGCCAUGAAGCUUAUUUUGUACUAGUUGUAAAUAUUAUUAGAAUUUCUUUUUCUUUUACCCUCCUAGCAUUUAUCCAUAACAUGUUUGUUAGAACAUGUUAACUUUUUCCAUUGAUAUGCUUAUGCUACAAGUAAAUUGUAAUUUCUUAGUCCAGCCAGUAACAGGAAGACGGUUAAAUUCAAUUAUGAAAUAUAGUUUCUGAGAAAGGAAAAAUAUUGUUUA